AUGUUCAAACGCCCAUUGUCGGCCAAGACGUCUUCGCCGCUCCGCUCGAGCGACCUGCGCAAGCUUCGAGACGAGGUCGUCCGGUCCUUCUCUCUCGCCGACACAGCGGCAGCCAAGGCGCUUCUGCCUGAUGGGACGCUCUCCUGUAAGGCGACGACGCAUCUGGACGAGCCAUGCACGCUUUAUUUGACGCCGGGAGGAGACCCUCGGUUCUUCAGGGUUGGGAAGGGCAGCGACGGACAGCUCGUGCCGACUUGCUAUGCAUUCGACAUUCGUCCAGACAUGCUGCCUGUUUUGGCGACGGCAGAGGCAGUCGUCGAGAACCUCGUGAGCGGUUCAGCUCUCUUUGCCGCCGGCGUCUCGCCCCACACCCUGUCCCGCCUGCCCGCCUCGAUCCAGCCGGGAUCGCUCGUCGCAAUCACCGUCGCUUCCGAUUCUUCGCAGCGAGUCGUUGCUGUGGGACAGCUCGGCUGCACGAAGGAGGAGCUCGUGCGGAUGCAGCAGAGCGAGAAGGAGCGGAAGGGAAAGGCGGUCAUCACGCUUCACGCGCGAGGCGACUACCUGUGGGCGACGGGCUCAGCGGUAGAUGCCCCACUGCCCGAGCGAACUGCUGAGCCGGCCUCAACGAACGACUCUGCCGAAUCGCUCGCCGACAACCUCGCUUCUUCGACGCUCGACGACUCUUCCGCGCCUACGAAGGCAGACGACGCAUCCGCGCCGACCGGUUCCGCAUCAUCUACCGAAUUGAGCCCCUCAGACGUCGACCAGAUCCUCCUGAAUGCCCUGCUGCUCGCCAUUUGCACCUCGCUCUCGACUGCUCAAUUCCCUCUUCCCGCCUCUCUCCUUUACUCCUCGCACAUCCUCCCAGCUCGUCCCGCCACCCUCCUCUCCACCCCCGCCGGCCCCGGUGCUGCCGAGAUCAAGAAGUCCUCCUUCAAGAAGCUCGACCGGCUGAUCAAGGCCGCUGUCAAGAAGGGCUACAUUACCGCCAAGGAAAUGAAGGGAGAGUGGGUCGUGCAGAGCGUGAAUGCGAAGCACGCGGACGUCGAGACGUUGCGACCGUACAAGACGAUUGCCAACGAGGAGAAGGCGCAGGCGCGUGAAGCGAAAAAGGAUGAGGAGAAGAAGGAGGCAUCGGAGGCCGGCGCGAAGGGAGAUCCAGAGGUGACAGAGCUGUGGAAGCUGAGCGGAGACAGCGUCAAGGAGUUGUUCCGAAGCGUCGAGCAUGAGCGACCGCCGCAAGACCUCUACACCGCCUCGCAACUCUCAACCCUCCUUCGCCGCUUCACCGAUACUCACUCCGUCGCGCACCCUUCACAUCGCUCUCUGCUUCUCCUCACGCCCUCCGCACACCCUUCGCCCUCCUCUCUUUCGCUCGAGUCCGAAGCCGCCAUCGAGCUCCUCGCGCGAUGCGUGCUGAAGAAGGGCGAGACGCCCGACCAGGUUGGGAAGGAGAAGGGUUCGCCUGGGUGCAUCACGAGGGAGGAGGCGCUGAAGCGAAUCAGGAAGGACGGUUGCACGGGCUACUGGGCUUUGCGAAAGGGAAAGAAUGGGGAGGAGAGCGUCAAGAAGGGCUCACCGCCGACCAUCAAGGUCGCGAUCAAGAACGUCGGCAAGCGGCAGGUCACCCUCGUGUCCGGCCACGAGCCAUGGGACCUUUUCUCGUCGGACGAGUUUGCCGAAGAGCUCAAGCACCGGAGUGCGAGCUCGACGUCGAUUCAACCGAUUGCGGGUUCGGCGAAGAAAGGCCAGGCAAACAAAGUGGAGAUCAUGUGUCAAGGCACGCACGACGCGCUCGUCGUCAAGCUCCUCACUGCUCGAGGCGUACCGAGGGCUUAUAUCGACGUCGACACCUCGAAGUCGAAGAAAUGA